AUGAUUUUUAUAAAUUCAUCAUCAAUUUCUACAAAAUCUCCUCUUAAUUCAAUUUCGUUAUCUUCAACCCAAUUGCUAUUUUUUUGCCAAAUAUAUAGCCCCCCCAUAACAAUGACCUCCCUUCAACCAACUGCCACGCAGGAUGGACAAAUCAACCAAAUGAGAAGAGCCUCAUCAGUGUUGGGACCGAUGAACAAAAUCUUGGUCGCCAAUAGAGGUGAAAUCCCAAUUAGAAUAUUCAGAACUGCUCAUGAAUUGUCAAUGCAAACUGUUGCUAUUUAUUCACAUGAAGAUAGAUUGUCGAUGCACAGGUUGAAAGCAGAUGAAUCAUAUGUUAUUGGAAAGAAGGGGCAAUACUCCCCAGUUGGGGCCUAUUUGCAAAUUGAUGAGAUUAUUGAUAUUGCCAAGCAACACAAUGUCAACAUGAUUCACCCAGGUUAUGGAUUCCUUUCUGAGAAUAGUGAGUUUGCUAGAAAAGUCGAAGAAAAUGGAAUUUUGUGGGUCGGUCCAAGCUACAAAACAAUUGAUGCAGUUGGUGACAAAGUUAGUGCCAGAACCUUGGCAAUUGAGAAUGAUGUGCCAGUCGUUCCAGGUACUCCUGGUCCAAUUGAUGACGUUACUGAUGCGAGAAAGUUUGUUGAGAAAUAUGGAUUCCCUGUUAUUAUAAAAGCCGCAUUCGGUGGUGGUGGAAGAGGUAUGAGAGUCGUUCGUGAAGGUGAUGACAUCGAAGAUGCUUUUAAAAGAGCCACUUCUGAAGCAAAGACGGCAUUUGGUAACGGUACUUGUUUUAUUGAAAGGUUCUUAGACAAACCAAAACAUAUUGAAGUUCAGUUGUUGGCUGAUAACUAUGGUAAUGUCAUACACUUGUUUGAAAGAGAUUGCUCGGUACAAAGAAGGCAUCAAAAGGUUGUUGAAAUUGCACCUGCCAAAAACUUGCCAAAAGAAGUUAGAGAUGCCAUUUUGACCGAUGCUGUGAAAUUGGCCAAAAGUGCCAAUUAUAGAAAUGCCGGUACCGCUGAAUUCUUAGUAGAUGAACAAAACAGACACUACUUUAUUGAAAUCAAUCCAAGAAUCCAAGUUGAGCACACGAUCACUGAGGAAAUAACUGGAGUUGAUAUCGUAGCAGCCCAAAUACAAAUUGCUGCUGGUGCCUCAUUACAACAGUUGGGAUUAUUGCAAGAUAAGAUCACCACUAGAGGCUUUGCAAUUCAAUGUAGAAUAACUACAGAAGAUCCAGCUAAAAACUUUCAACCUGACACCGGUAAAAUUGAAGUGUACAAAUCAGCCGGUGGUAAUGGUGUUAGAUUAGAUGGUGGUAAUGGAUUUGCCGGUUCAGUUAUUUCCCCUCACUAUGACUCCAUGUUGGUCAAGUGUUCAUGUUCUGGGUCUACAUUUGAAAUUGCUCGUAGAAAAAUGUUGCGUGCAUUGAUUGAAUUUAGAAUCAGAGGAGUCAAGACAAACAUCCCAUUCCUAUUAGCACUUUUAACUAAUGAAACUUUCAUCAAAGGUGAUUGUUGGACAACAUUUAUUGACGAUACUCCCUCAUUGUUCCAAAUGGUUAGCUCGCAAAACAGAGCCACUAAAUUAUUGUCGUACUUGGCUGACCUUUACGUUAAUGGAUCAUCAAUCAAAGGGCAGAUUGGAUAUCCAAAGUUGAACGAGGAAGCCUUGAUUCCAGUUUUGCAUGAUCCAAAAACUGGCAUCCCAAUUGAUGUUGCACAUAUUCCACCUCCACGUGGAUGGAGACAAGUGUUGUUGGAAGAAGGGCCAGAUGCAUUUGCUAAAAAGGUUAGACAAUACAAUGGAACAUUGAUUACCGAUACCACCUGGAGAGAUGCCCAUCAAUCGUUGUUGGCCACCAGAGUCAGGACUAUUGACUUGUUAAAUAUUGCCCCAACUACUGCAUUUGCAUUGAACGGUGCCUUUUCACUUGAAUGUUGGGGUGGUGCCACCUUUGACGUUUGUAUGAGAUUCCUUUAUGAAGACCCAUGGGAUAGAUUGAGAAAGUUGAGAGCAUUAGUGCCAAAUAUUCCAUUUCAAAUGUUGUUGAGAGGUGCCAAUGGUGUGGCAUACUCUUCAUUACCCGAUAAUGCAAUUGACCAAUUUGUCAAAGAAGCCAAGGGUAACGGUGUUGACAUCUUUAGAGUGUUUGAUGCAUUGAAUGAUUUGGAGCAAUUGAAAGUUGGUAUUGAUGCGGUUAAAAAAGCUGGUGGAGUUGUUGAAGCUACUGUUUGUUAUUCUGGUGACAUGUUGAAACCAGGCAAAAAGUACAACUUGGAAUACUAUUUGUCGGUUGUGGAUGAGGUUGUCAAGAUGGGUACACACUUCUUAGGUAUCAAGGAUAUGGCUGGUACUUUGAAGCCAGCAGCAGCUAGACUUUUGGUGGGUGAGAUUAGAAAUCGUUACCCAGAAUUGCCAAUCCAUGUACACACACAUGAUUCCGCUGGCACUGGUGUUGCUUCCAUGACCGAAUGUGCUAAAGCUGGUGCAGAUGUUGUUGAUGCCGCAUCAAACUCCAUGUCAGGAUUGACAUCCCAACCAUCAAUUAGUGCCAUCUUGGCCUCCUUUGAAGGAUCUAUUGACACUGGAUUAUCUGAAUCUUUGGUUAGAGAGUUGGACACUUACUGGGCCCAAAUGAGAUUACUCUACUCCUGUUUCGAAGCCGAUUUGAAAGGACCAGAUCCAGAAGUUUACUCCCAUGAAAUCCCUGGUGGACAAUUGACCAAUUUAUUAUUCCAAGCACAACAAUUGGGAUUAGGUGAGAAAUGGUUGCAAACAAAGGAAACAUAUAAAAUUGCCAACAAGAUUCUUGGGGAUUUGGUUAAAGUGACACCAACAUCAAAAGUUGUUGGAGAUUUAGCUCAAUUUAUGGUGAGUAACUCGUUAACGGAAGAAGAUGUCAAUCGUCUUGCGUCAGAAUUGGAUUUCCCUGAUUCAGUACUUGACUUUAUGGAGGGAUUAAUGGGUAAACCAUACGGUGGGUUCCCCGAACCUUUGCGUACCAAUAUGUUGGGCAAUAAACGUCAAAAAUUGGACAAACGUCCAGGAUUGUACUUGAAACCGGUUGAUUUUGCUGCUAUUAGAAAGGAAUUGAUUUCAAGAUACGGUUCCCAAAUUGAUGAAACUGACGUGGCUUCCUAUGUUAUGUAUCCAAAAGUGUUUGAAGCUUUUAGAAAACAAGUUGAAAAAUAUGGUGAUUUAAGCGUAUUACCAACGAGAUUUUUCCUCAAACCGGCAAACAUUGGAGAAGAAAUUGUUGUUGAUAUUGAAAAGGGAAAGACAUUAAUUAUUAAAUUGUUGGCAGUGGGUGAAAUUUCCGAAAAGACUGGUACUCGUGAAGUAUUCUUCGAAUUGAAUGGUGAAAUGAGAUCAGUUUCAGUUGAAGAUAAUACAGUUUCAGUAGAGACUAAAACCAGACCAAAAGCUUCUGCACCUAAUGAUGUCGGUGCACCAAUGGCUGGUGUUGUUAUCGAAGUUAGAACCCACAAACAUCAAGAAGUUAAGAAAGGUGAUCCAAUUGCCGUGUUGUCAGCCAUGAAGAUGGAGAUGGUUAUUAGCGCACCUGUAAGUGGUCUUGUUGAUGAUUUGUUGGUGAGAGAAGGUGAUUCGGUUGAUGCUAAUGAUUUAAUCACCAGUAUUUUGAAAGCCUAG